UGUUAUGAAGCAGAAAACGCUAACUUCGUCAAUAUUUUUGAUUUAUCCAGAAUUUAUUUUUGACAUUGAUUUUCUAUUAUUUCAUAGUUAAAUUGAUCCACAAGUUGUCUUAUCACAGAUUUCGAAAACUAAAUUCGAAAAGUACCACUACAAAUGGAAGAGGUUAAAAGACGUUUGGCUCGAGAAGGAAUUAAUAUUUCCGUAUUUACGGAAGAAAAUGUUGAUUUGGCCACGUUUCUUGCAUUGACUCGAGAGGAUUUGAUUGAUUUAAAUUUUUCAGUUAUAAAAACACGAAAAAUCCUUAUGAUACAAGAGGAAAUUCGUUCUAGACAUUCAAAACCAGCUAGUUCAAGUACACCUAAAACAAACACUGGGAAUAAUGUUCGAUCUCAGUCCCAAUCAUUGACGGAAGUUGUUAAUAACACCAUUAUGACGCCUGUGACUGUCAAUGAUACAACAGCAAAUUAUUCAAUCGUAACCAUUCCUUCAUCGAAUUAUGAUAACCAUCAGAUGAUGACUAAUGUUGACAAUAAUAAUGAAGUUGAUGAUGCUGCGGGAAAUAUACAUGAUACUAAUGAUACCAAUUCAUCCAAUGGUGAUAUGGUACAAGUAGCACUCCAACAUCAUGAAUAUAAUUCUACUGGUGUAUCGAAUGAAAUGCCACAACAACUUAUAUCACUAGCUGAUGUACCUAUUAGCGGCCUAGCUAAGCGACAUAGUGAUGGAUUUCAAGUGUUACAAAAUCUUGAUUUUCGUUCAUUAUUGGCUCAAGAUGAUCAAGGUACAAUACUCCUUGAGGUAUUGGACAGAGGUGAUUAUCUGAAUAAACGUUUGCCGAACACUUUUGUGAAAGUUGUUGCUAAUGUUGCCGAUGAUUUUAUUUAUCGAACUUUUGGUUUGAGAUAUCCAUUUGAUGUCGGUUUACUAAUGGUGGAAAAAAUUUACGAUUCCAUCGGUUAUAGAUGCGUUCUUGGCGAAAAGAGAGAAUGGUUUGGACUUCGUAAAGGUAAUAAUCGAAUUGGAAGAAUUCACAGCAGAAAUGAAAAGAGAAAGCGUUUAAACAGAGAAUAUAAUACAUCAAUCAGCUAUGAAACAGCAUAUAUACGAUUCAAAACACCAAAACAUGCAAAAAAAUCCAUGUGAAAA